AUGUUCUAUAGAUCUUAUAGUAGGGGCCAGGUCAAUGUUGUGUGGUUGAUUGUGCUGAUAUCGACGGUGUUUGGUUCGGUAUGGGCGGAUGAAGUCAAGGUCGACAACAACAAGGACAAUCGUCAAAUAUGUUCGGGAAUAUAUUCAAAACAGGAUUGGAGUGGUCCUCAUGAUUCUUAUAUAGAUGCGGCAUUCACAUCACCUAGUGAUAAUGAAAAUGAUUGGAUUGCUGUUGUCAUUUUUGAGUACCGAAAUGUCGACAUGUUAGGAGUGUCAGUGUCAGGAGAUAGAAACAAAAAAUAUGUGUGUGAUGAAGGAGCAAUUGCUUCUGGAUUAUGUAAAUCCGAACAGUUGGGAACAUUUUUGAUAGAUGAGAAUCUUGGAGAUGGCAAUCAUACCAGUGAUUUGAGUGGAGAACAGAACAUUCCGGCUCUAUUUGCCACUAUCAGUACUCAGAGAGUCGACGCUAAGAACCCCAAAGCUAUCCACUAUCCAAUCAAGAAAUCAGGUUACUACUGUGUGACGACUUUCCCUAGCAAUCCAGAUCUUAAAUAUACAGGGGCAGUAGUGUACCAAAACGCAUUUGGAUACCUGGCAGCUGGUCAGAUCCCUAAAUUGCCGUUCUUUGGAGGAGCUGCCCUGGCUUAUUUGGUCGUUUUUGCUCUAUGGAUGUUUUCUUAUAUCCAACAUCGAUCCGACAUUUUGCCUGUACAGAACUAUAUCACAGCCAUUUGUGGAUUCCUUGUUAUCGAGAUGAUUAUCAUUUGGGGCUACUAUGAUCUGGUCAACUCUAAGGGCACGUCAGGAGGCACUGUGGCUUAUUUGGUUUUCCUUUCGAUCCUCGAUGCUCUUCGUAAUGCGUAUACAUUCUUUUUGUUAUUGAUUGUCUGUCUUGGAUAUGGCGUUGUCAAGCCCAGUCUCGGUUCAGUCAUGUGGAAAUGCCAGGCCCUCGGAGUCGCUCAUUUUGUAUUUGCUGUCAUUUACACGGUAUCUUCGUACUUACUACCCACAGAAGCAGUUGACAACCCACUAGUGCUGCUUGUGAUCCUUCCUCUGACACUCACUAUGACAGUUUUCUAUGUGUGGAUCCUGUCGUCACUCACUGGAACCAUCAAAUACCUCGAAUCACACAAACAACAUGUGAAGGCCAACAUGUACAAGAAUCUAUGGAGAAUUCUGCUGGGAUCUAUUAUAGUGAUCUUCGCCUUUUUCUUUAUCAACUCGCUGAUUCUAGCUGGAGAAUCAACCCUCGACUUUAUUACUAAACAUUGGGAGUCGAGAUGGUUUAUUCUGGACGGAUGGCUGAACGUGGUGUACUUUGUGAACUUCUGUCUGGUAGCAUUCAUCUGGCGACCCACUGCGAACAACCGACGAUUCGCCAUGUCGAGCCAGCUGGCACAGAACGAAGAAGAGGCCCAGGAGUUUGAAAUCGGGUCGUUACGCGAGUCUAUUGACGAUGAAGAACAACAACGAACGAGAGACGUUUCUCCCCGCGAAGGGGGUACUACUAUUCGAGACUUUGCACCACCCAGUGACAACCAACCGGAUGACGACCGUCCUGCUGCCGCUAAAUAUUUUGACCGGUCAUCAAGCACCAUUAAAAAGGACACUCUCGCCGCCAACGACGGUGAAACCAUGUUUGAUGUCGGCGGGGACGACGACGAAGACGAUGAUGCUGCUGCUACUGCUGCCACUCUAAACAGCGGAGCAGGAGUUGUCGGUUCAUCCUCGGCCUCAACAACGAACCACGACAGGAAAUUCGACGACGACUACGACCAGUGGAAUGACGACGACGAGGACCUCCACGGCGACCUGCUGAGUGACGACGAAGACGAAGAUGACGACGACGACGAUGAACAACGCGCCCUCACCAGCAACAAAAACAAGUAA